AUGAAAAGAAGUAAAGAAGUGAUAACUGAAAAUCAUAAUCAAGAAGAAAUAAAUGUUCUUCGGUGUUGGAAAUGUAGAAAAUGUAUAGCACGUUCUGGUUGUUUCAUGAACUAUCUUGAGAAUCAAGUGACUAAGAAAAAAGAAGACUCAGCUGAUGAUCAAAAUACCUGUCGUGUGUGGCACAUGAAUAUAGAAGCCCUUCCAGAAUGGAUAGACCGCCUACUACAAAAAGCCCGGUGGACAGUGGGAAAACUGAAUUGCCCUUUUUGUGGGGCCCGUUUAGGGGGCUUUAAUUUUGUCAGCACUCCAAAAUGUUCCUGUGGCCAGCGUGCAGCUGUACACCUCUCCAAGAGCCGGACCGAUUACCAGCCAGCACAGGCAGGCCGACUAAUGAGACCAUCGCCGAAAUACUUGUCACAUCCUAGAGUUCGGUCAGGUGGUGACAGCGAAGCUCUGCUGACGGGCGGUGCCUUCAAAAACAGAAAUCGCAGGCUUUUAAACAUGGCCCAAAAGAAUAAUGGCUCUGGGAGGUUAACAGAAGCACUGUGCCUGGAGGUGCGGUCGACGUGUGUUCAGAUGAAGAAGGAAAAACUGCUCUUCAAAGCAUCCGAUUCAAAAUACCAGCUUUUUGUCCCGCAGCUUGUGACUGGCAGAUGCACCAGAAGAGCUUCCCACAGAAAAUCACAGAGCUUGGAUCUGAGCAUCAGUGAGAAGCUGACUUUAUUACCCACAUUUUAUGAAAUUCAUAGUAAGACUACCGCCUGUGCCAGACUAAAUGAAACCCAGCCUGAGGACCUUUUGGACCUGCCUUUGGAAUCUAGUAAAAAUAGCUGUUCCUUUCACAUAGCAUCAAGUUUUGAUCCUAAUAUGCUGCUGCCGAGGUUUUCAGCGGCUCCCCGUGAGACCCAGACACAAAGAGGAGGAGAAUUUCAGAGUGGUCUGGGAGCUUCUGCAGUGUGCCCUGACCAUGCCAGUUCUAACGGCCUGGCAUUCCUGAUGGACCUGCCCUCCGCGGGCAGGCGCACGCUGGAGGCCUCGGACCAGGAGGAGCACCUCUCGCCCCUGGACUUUCUGCGCUCGGGCAGUUUUCCAUUGGGUGCCAUUCAUCAGAGGCUCAGCAAGAGAGAAAGGAGCAAGUUGAAGAAUCUGAGGAGGAAGCAACGAAGGCAUGAAAGAUGGUUGCAGAAGCAGACUUUGACUAAUGACAUGAAUACAGAUGAUGAAAAUGAAUAUGUAGAAGAAAAGGAAAGCUACAUCUGUGCAGUGUGUCUGGAUGUUUAUUUCAACCCAUACAUGUGUUACCCUUGCCACCACAUCUUCUGUGAGCCCUGCUUACGGACUCUUGCCAAAGACAAUCCUGCAAGCACUCCCUGCCCACUGUGUCGGACAAUUAUUUCCAGAGUCUUUUUCCAGACAGAAUUGAACAAUGCCACAAAAACAUUCUUCACUAAAGAAUAUUUGAAAAUAAAACAAAGCUUUCAGAAAUCCAGCUCUGCAAAGUGGCCCCUACCGAGCUGCAGAAAGAAAGCAUUCCAUCUUUUUGGAGGUUUCCACAGACGUGCAGCUCCAGUUACAAGAAGGCAGUUCCCACACGGUGCACACAGAAUGGAUUACCUGCACUUUGAGGAUGAUAGCCGCGGUUGGUGGUUUGACAUGGAUAUGGUGAUCAUCUAUAUUUAUUCAGUGAAUUGGAUCAUUGGAUUCAUCGUUUUCUGCUUUCUUUGCUAUUUUUUCUUUCCGUUUUAGGAAUUUUCACAUCUUACCACAAUUGAACAAUCACAGAUGAUGUAGACAACAAUUACUUAAACAUUUUUUAAGUGUGCUUUGAAAUUUUAUAAUGUUGUAUUAUAUAAAAUGUGAGUGUUUAUAGGAAGUCUGAGAAUAAGUAACUUAUUAAUGUUUUUCAUGUAACAAACUAAACUUUUAUCUGUCUAGCUCUUAGCAACAAUGCACUAUGAAUGUAAUAGUGCUUCAUUUAGGGUUUGUGGGCUCUAAUUUUACAGUGUCUCUUUUAUACUUAUCUUCAUUGUAAAGACUGAGGUUUUCCUCCACUUAUAACUGGUAAAAAUACAAAAUGAAAUGAUAAUGUGGAUAGAUAUCAGAAAAAAUAUUUAGUCAUUCACCACUUAUUCCCAGGAAUAUUAUAUGCAUUAAAAAUAAACCAUAGUCUCUGGAACUAAAUCUAACAGGGUAUAUUCCGUUUUGGUUUCCAGUCAUCCCAAAUAAAGUCCCUUUCUAUUACCGAGAAAGCUGACUAUCCCUUUUUUACAGACCGAAGAGUAGCUUUAGUGCAACAUUUUAAAUUAUUAUAAGAAGAGAAUAGUAAAUAUUAAAAGAGACUAAUUCUCACCAAUAGAAACUUGGAGAUAUAUAUAUUAACACUUUUUGAAUUACAAGAUUACUCACCCAAAGAAAUUUUAAAAUUUUCUGACUGAUUUUCAAUAGUCUA